GCACCAGCAGAGACAGCCCAUCACACACACAGAGCGAGCGAACAUGGCGGGCGCCUCCGACCCUCUGGAAGACAUGCUCUUCUCCGAGGUGGACGAGAAAGCCGUGAGCGAUCUAGUGGGCUCGCUGGAGUCUCAGCUGGGGGGUCAACGCGACGCGACGCGCGCGCAGCCCGAGAACGCGCGCCCGGGCAGCGCGAGGCAGCAGCAGCAGCAAGCAGGAGGAAGAGCUCAUGUAGACUCUCCAUCAGAACCACAACAACAAACACAGCAGCAGAACGCGAGGAAAGCGGCGCGCAACCCGGAUUCAGACCCGAAAGACGCCAGCAUGGAGAAGCACCCCAAAGCCCUGGAGAAGGAGAGUCCUCUGAAGUCUCACGGCAGCAUCAUCAUCAUCACUACGGCUGCAGCCUCCGACGGGGGAUCCGCUCCUGCACCGGGCAACAAAGGUGAGAGCCCGAGGGACACCCGCAAGAAACACCCGAACGCGCGCGCACGACGCGCCUCAGCGUCCCACAGUCUCAACGGCGCAGCAUCAGCAUCAGCAUCACCCAGCACCUCCAGCCCGACUAUCACCGUGGCCAGUAACCCGCAAGCGAUCGCGCUGGACCGCGGGACGCCCACCAUCGCGCUGCACCGACUCCCGCGGCACAUUAUCGCCAGCAUCGCGCAGAAUGGAAACGGCACGUCGGUGUCCGCGCUGGUCCAGCAGGGCGCGCGGAUUGGAGCGGCGGGCGCGCAGGUGAACCACACCAAAGCACCCGGGAUCAACGCGAAAGCCGCGUCGCCUCCCGCCGCGCCCGCAGCAACGCCUGUCAAACCCGCUGUCAGUGUCAGCUCGACCCCGGCCGCCAGACCCGCGCAGACGCCUGCGCAACAGAGGCUCGUAACGCCGCAGCUGAUCGUCAGACCACCGCAACAACAAACUACCAUUCAGCUGCCACCCGGAUUCACCAUCCCGCCAGGUAUGGUGCUGGUCCGCACAGAGAUGGGUCAGCUGGUGAUGGUUCCUCAACAGGCUCUGGCUCAAGCUCAGGCUCAGAACAGCAUCUCACCGAGACCCUCCACACCCACCAGCACUGCCACCUUCAGGGUCACGACCCCACAGUCUCCUGUCAGCACUCAGGCGAUUCGUCCCGCUCCCGCGGCUCAAACUAAACCGGUCCAGUCCAGUUCACCGGCCCAGACCAGCACCGCCACCGGCCCCACUAAGGGCCCCGUGGCAGCCGGCGUGGCGGUGACAGCUCCCCAGCAGGUCCAGCCGGCCCCGGGCCCCCAGGGGUCCCUCACUCAGAUGCCACUGGCCCCUCAGAGCGCAGUCGCCCCGGCCCCCGGAGCCCCGGUCGUCUCCCAGGAGAUGCAGGAGAACGUGAAGAAGUGCAAGAACUUCUUGGCGACACUCAUCAAGUUGGCAUCCCAUAAUUCUCCUUCCCCGGAGACGUCUCGAAACGUGAAGGCGCUGGUGCAGGAUCUGCUGGAUGCAAAGAUCGACCCGGAGGAGUUCACCAGCCGGCUACAGUCCGAGCUCAAGUCGUCUCCGCAGCCUUACCUGGUCCCUUUCCUGAAGAAAAGUCUCCCUGCGUUGCGCCUGUCUCUCCUGAACAGCCAGCACUCUCUCGCACAACCUCUCCAGCCCAACAAGAGCAGCGUGACGCCGGUCCAGACGAGUGUGUGUGUCCGUCCGCACCAGCCCAACAGCACCGCCGUCCUGCCGCAAGGUAUAAAGAGGGCGGCGGGUCCUGGUGGUCAGAUACGGAUGCCUGUGGUCAUCACACAGACGGUGCGAACGACAGGUACUUUAGGGAAGCCUGCAGGUCUCCAGAUGGGCAAGAGCCCAGUGGGCGUCAGCGUUCAGCUCUCAGGAAACCAGAGGAACCGGCUGACGGACCCAGGGGGCGGCUCGUACAGAGACGAUGAUGACAUCAAUGAUGUGGCGUCUAUGGCCGGCGUGAACCUCAACGAAGAGAGCGCUCGUAUUCUAGCGACCAACUCUGAGCUGGUGGGAACGCAGAUCCGCUCCUGUAAAGACGAGGCGUUCCUGCCGACGGGUCUGUUACACCGGCGGAUACUGGAAACAGCUAAGAAGUUUGGAGUGACGGACGUCCCGCUGGAGGCUGUGAGCUUCAUUUCUCACGCCACCCAGUCCAGAUUACGGACGGUGCUGGAGAAAGUUUCCUUCAUCGCCCAGAACAGAAUGGACUCUUGUAAGGAAGGCGAGGGGUACGAGCAGUCGUCUGAUGUGCGCUCGCAGCUCAGGUUUUUUGAGCAGCUGGAACGGAUGGAGAAGCAGAGGAAAGAUGAGCGAGAGCGAGAGAUUCUCCUCCGAGCAGCGAAGAGUCGCUCGCGGCAAGAAGAUCCAGAACAAGCCCGUCUGAAGCAGAAAGCAAAGGAGAUGCAGCAACAGGAACUCGCCCAAAUGAGACAACGAGACGCCAAUCUAACGGCACUCGCCGCCAUCGGCCCUCGGAAGAAGCGCAAAGUGGACUCGCCAGGAGCCACGACCACAGGCAUCGAGGUGUCGGGGAGUUCGGCGGGUUCUCCGGCCGGAUCGUCGGCCUCCUCCGGCUCGUCACGACAGUAUUCCCGACAGAGAAUCACACGUGUCAAUCUCAGGGACUUCAUCUUCUACAUGGAGCAGGAGCGAGAGACCAGCAGAUCUCUCCUUCUGUAUCGAGCUCUCCUGAAGUAGUGUACACUAACUGACCUCUGCACACUACAGACCAACACUUCCUUCUCAGCCCUGCGACGUGCCUUCAGCCCCAUCAGUGUCCGCGACCUCGUGAUCUCAGCGUUGCUCUUCAUACGAAAAGGUUUGGGAAGAAAAGAGAAACAACUAAGAUGUGCUUCACGUUUCCUGUUUUCUCCUCAACUUUAUACGGUCAAUUGUAUUUAUGGUGUGUCUCUGGCUUUGAGCCGAGGAGCGUUUGUUUGUUUGUUUGUUUGUUUGUUGUUUGUUUGGUUUUUGUGUAUGAAUGAAUCUGACACUGCAAAUAUCAUCCCUCUCUUUAUCAGUAUUUUUAUUUUGUUUUGCCAGAAAUAGAAAAAUUCUAAAAACAAAAAGUUUAGGCGAAAAACAAUAGUCUUGAAGUUGUUAGCAAGUUGUUGAACACAACAUUAAAAAUGGAAGCUUGUCUUUUCUUCCCUGUUGUGAGGAACACAUGUGGGCGGGGCUUGAUUUUGUC